AUGUCAGCCAUCGAAACAUGGGUGUUUGUUCUCACGGAAUGCGACUGCACCAAGCCGUCUUUGAGCUCCAAUUCUUACACGUUGACAAAUGACAAGGCCACUUACGCCGUGAACGAGACCUACGAUAUUUUCUGCACGCCGGGAUACAAGGCUUCCGGUUCCGGUACACUGGUCUGUGGAUCACAGAAGGCAUGGUCUUUGGAGCCACCCACUUGCUCACCGGCAGAGGGAACGUAUCCCUGGUGGAUGUUACUAGUGGCAAUGACUGUUGUCAUUCUGUUAGUGGCGUGUAUCCUACCCAGACUGCUGCAAUGUUUCUGUUCUAAAGCUACUAAGAAAAAGAACACCGAAAGUGACGAAGAGCAAGCGGACGGACUCAAUGACGGAUAUGAUGAUGACUCAGACGACGGCCGAUCCAGCUUCCCCGUACCUGAUUGGUCCAAAGCUAAGAAAAUGACCAAUAUUGAGUUUAUGGCGAAACUACACAAAGACGCCGAUAAAAAGACACUGAAGCGAGCGACUAAAAAUGCCGUAUUUUGAGGCGUUUAG